GCUAAUUAUGUUGACGCGCUCGAACAGUUCACCGCACCAAACCGAUGAGAUGCAGUUUUCACUUUAACACGGGUCAGUGAUGAGGGUUUCACUCGACGAGUUUUGUGUUGGGAUGCAGAGUUGUGAUUUGUUCUUGUUUAAAACAAAUGAGAAGACUUCGUAUGCGCUGCUCGCUACAAGAAUUCGGGAAAGAAAACGCGGUAACUUGUUGGGCGCAAGAUAGUCACAUGACCAGAAGGCGGAUGCGGUAGUGGGCGACACGUCCGUCUUCGCGAAGUCACCACAGUACAUUCCAAAGCAAGUGAAGGCACGCGACAGAAGUGUGCAGCAUCUCCAGACGAGCAAGUAUACACACCACGCGGCCAUGGCGCGAGCGAGCGAGUGUGCACUGGUGUUCGUGGUGGUGGUGGGGCUGCUGUUCACCUCUUCCCAUCAGGCAGACAUCAACGACUUGUAUCCUACUAAUUUCAACUACACAGAAAGAACAAGUCGCUCUGUGAGGCUGUCCUGGGAACAUCCGAAAAGUGCGAAUGGCACCCGGACUGGAUACCGAGUUCGACUGUUCAGUCCCCCAAAUGAUCCCUGGAUUGCCAACUACAGGACUGGACCAAACAGUACAAACAUAACCGUUUCUUGCCUGGCUCCCAACACUUCCUACAAGUUUGCUCUGUGUAUCGAAAUCGACGACAAACGCGAUCUGUGUGAAAAAUUCAUGCCGAAUUUCAUCAUUGAAACUGUUCUGGAUGAAGUUUUUCACUCAGUUUCGGAAGAGGGAAUUUCGUUCGCGUCUGUGGCCGCGAACUGGAGGGCAGUGCUGCUAGGCUUCGGGUUCACGAUGAUCUGUGUGCUCAUCCUCGCGGAACCAUCUUCGUUGGUUGCAAAUGCUACUCACGACGGAGAAAGAAGUCGACACAAAUCCAAGACGACUCUGUCCUGAGAGUCCGACCAUGGGACCACCCCUUAAACGGCGCGACAGGCGAUCGCCAUUACUCUGAGGACCCUACUAGCGGCAAAGGAUUGGUAAACCUCUUUCCUGACUCUUCACCUCCGGUCUCCCCUGCGGCCACGACGCCGUCGUUGACGCGGCUGCCGCCAGCACCGCCGAAGACUCCGUCUCGAUUUAACGACAACGGAGACGACAGCUGCAGCGAACCGCCGCGGGUGCCAUCCUGGCCAGGCUCCACGUGCGUGAGCCAGAACCUGGAGGAGAUCGCAGAUCUGGCCGUCUACCAGAACGAGGUUUUCACCAGUAACGGGCCUGCUGAAGACCUACCUGUCUACACCAACGAGAUGUUCGACGAUCAGGGAUGCAACGACAGAAGUGGCAGACGUCACCGCCGGAACCAGCCUGUAGACCUGCCUGUCUACGGCAACUACCAGUUUUGAUGUCAUACUUUAUGAAGCCAAAGCCUGUUUGAUGCGCGGCAAAAGAGUUCCUUAUUGCAAACUGUAGUCGAUAGCCUGGAAGGUCAUCUCCGAACCGUUGGUGGUAGUGGUGGUGGUGGUGGGGGGUUAAUGUUAAAAGCGAAUCCCGAACAUCGAUAUUAAAAAUUGUCCACACUUGUGCUUCAUGAAUUCUUGCGCGAACAUAUAUCUCCAUACGCAUGAACACACGCACCGGUAAAUGCUGACGUGCAAACAUUCCUUCUUCCUCUACUACUCAUGAGCGGUCUGGUGAGGCAACGGUUAGCGCCUAUCACCAAUACAGUGAGGGUUGGCUGUCCUGGGUUUAAUUCUCGUCUUGGGCAUGUUUUUCUUUCUCUGGAUGUGGGAUCUGUUUACAGGGUUGGCUGCCUUGUCGUGAUAUAGCCCUAGUUGCUGGCUCGGCGUAAAACACCAAUCCCCACCCCACCCCACUCAACCACUGCAAGUUCCUGCAAAGUAAUGGCUCUCCGAGUGCAGCGAGAAAGGUUCCAGCGAGUAGCCAAAGGGGGUCAGUACAAGGGUGUGAAGGGAAGUUGCUGGGUGUGACAGUGGGCAAUGAGACGACCAGAGAGUGUAGCAAGUGGCAUUCAAAGAACCGUCAAAUAAACGGAACGGCGUUGUUGUAAACUUUGCUCUCAUCACACUAGUUGAUGAGUGGUGCUUGACUGAAAUGGUUAUCAACCAAAGUGAGAUUUCAAGCUGAAAUAGAGUUUCGUUUCCUCAUUUGACCUUUAACAUUUGUGUAUGUAUUUUGCUUGCUCUUGAAAUGUGUGUGUGUGUGUGCGCGAGUGCACGAUUUUAAGACUGCUAUAAAUUAUGAAUUUAUUCAGUUGUUUUACGAUCAAGUUUGUUGAAUUAUGGACGUUUGCUUGAAAAGUAUCGCGACCCAACACAUAGACCCGCUAGCAGGCUACUAUUUUAUAAGCAUUUCAGAUGACACUGGAUUUCUACCUAAUCCGCGUUUGUGUACUAAGACAUCUGUGCACAAGAACAUCACUUGUUUUUAUUUGUUUUAUCUGUGGCAAGACAUAAAAUCAUAUUCAUGAAUAUUUUAAAAAGUUUUUAGAGAUGUGAGUGGCCUUACAAAGUACUGCAUUAUGUUUUGGUGGUUCUUGUUUUUGUUUUGCAUCGUUGCAUAACUGCAACAGUCGUGGGUUGCCUCAGAGCUGUGAAUUCGCACUUUAUAUAUAUAUUACUCUGUUUAACUUUGAGGACCAAGGGAAAUAUUUGUCCCAUUCUUUUAAAUCGACUCCAAAUGUGAUUGAAACAACAGAGAGCAGUCAACUUUGGAUGAAAUAAUUUAGCAUUGAUGUUGUGAGAUUUUCAUUAAUAACUUUUCCAAUUCACCAUUGCUUCAAAUAAAGUCACAAGAAAAGGAACUAUACUUGUGCGGAGCUGUGUGUAUUAUGGGAAAAACACUUGCCGAAAAAUCUCAAGAAAGACAAUGAUAUGAAACAUGGAGAAAGCCUCGUGUGGUCACCGAAUGAUGUUACCUGUGUCAAGUGAAUGGACAACAGAUCUGUUGUGCCUUGUCCUGAAAUUGUUGCCUGAAACAAAUUUUUGGGUAGCAUCGACCUCAUGGAUCAGAAAAAGAUUACAUAUGAAGUUGAUCAAAGGUGAAGUACUACUUACUUUUAUUUCUUUUUCUCGAAGUUCUUCUUUUGUAAGUGAGAUAUACACAUAUUGUUUGAAUAUUUAAAAAAAAAUUUUCAAAUGUCCUUGUGCUAGUCCUAUUUCCUUUCAAAGAUUUUUGUUUUGUUCUAUUUAUUUCCCAUUACACCUAGCGAUAUUUCCUUAUUCAAUAAAAGGCACUAAACUGUGUCAUGAGAAUGGA